UAAAAUGGAACGGAGGGAGUACUUUAUUAGUUCAAUUUUUAAUUGAAUUUACACACCAUUUAAUCUAUUCAUGAAUCAUGAUAGGUUUCACUAUAUAUUACUGCCAAAGUGGAUCAGACUGACAAGCAACAAGCAGCUGCAGCUUAACUCGCACGUGUGGAAUUAGGGAGCUAGCUAGAGCUCGAGCUGAUCGGCAAUGGCGGGCUCCGACCACCACCCCGGCGGCCGGGACGGCGCGCCGCUGGUGUUCGACGAGCUCCGGUGGGUGAUCCAGAUCCGGCGCUCCCUCCAGGAGGACGGCGGCGACGACGACGACGACAACGGCAUCCCGGUGUCCGUGUUCAACGUGCCCAAGCAGCUGCAGGCGCACAAGCCGGAGGCGUACGUGCCGCAGUUCAUCGCGCUGGGGCCGUACCACCAUUGGCGGCCGGAGCUGUACGAGAUGGAGCGAUACAAGCUCGCCGCCGCGCGGCGCGCCCAGAGGCACCUCCGCGAGGGCGUCAAGCUCGAGCACCUCGUCGAACAGUUCGCGCGCGCGGAGCGCAAGGUCAGGGCGCACUACCACCGCUACCUCGACUUCAGCGGCGAGACGCUGGCGUGGAUGAUGGUCGUCGACGGCGCGUUCCUGCUCGAGUUCUUGCAGAUCUUCGCCGCCGCGGAGGCCGCCGCCAGCGGCGGCGGAGGGAAGCCGGAGCUGAGGAGGGUGUCGUCGAGGAUGGCGCACCUGGUGGACUUCGCCGGGAGGAAGUCGGCGCACAACCUCAUCCUCCGCGACAUGCUCAUGCUCGAGAACCAGAUCCCGCUCUUCCUCCUCCGCAAGCUCCUCGAGCCGCAGUGCUCGUCGGCGGAGGAGGCCAGCGAGCUGCUCGGGCGGAUGGUCACCGGCCUCAUGAAGGAGCUCUGCCCCUUCAAGAUGAUGGACAACUUCCCGGCCAUCGACGUCGCCAAGCACGCCCACCUCCUCGAGCUCCUCUACCACCUGCUCGUCCCGAAGCCAUCCGACGACGCCGCCGCCGCCGCCGACGGCCACGACGAGGGCUACGACAUCGAGGAGCAGCCGGUGGACGGCGGCGGCGGCGGCGGCGAGGAGAAGCAGCAAUCCGCCGGGUGCGAGUACGUGAAGCAGCUGCUCGCCGCGGUGUGGGGCAUCGUGUCGAGCCUCAAGAGCGGGCCGAUGCAGUACGUGGCGAAGCCGAUCUCGUUCGCCGUCAAGGCGCCAUGGAAGAUGCUCACCGUGGUCCCGGGCUUCUCGGCGAUGAAGCACCCAGUGGAGUCCUUCUUCAUGUCCGGCGGCGGCGGCGACCCGUCGUCGUCGUCGACGGCGGCGGGGCAGGACCACCACCACGCGAUCAGCCGGCCACCGCUGAUCGAGGAGAUCAUGAUCCCGUCAGUCACCGAGCUCGCCGCCGCCGGCGUCCAGUUCGCGCCGACGAACGGCGACGCCACCACGGUCUCGUUCGACGCCAAGACGGCGACGCUGCACCUCCCCGUGGUGACGCUUGACGGCAGCACGACGGAGGUGGUGCUCCGCAACCUGGUCGCCUACGAGGCGUCGGCGGCGACGGGGCCGCUGGUGCUCGCCCGGUACACGGAGCUGAUGAACGGCAUCAUCGACACCGGCGAGGACGUGGCGGCGCUGCGGCGGCGAGGGGUGGUGCUGAACCGGAUGAAGAGCGACGGCGAGGCGGCGAGGCUGUGGAACGGGAUGAGCAGGUCGGUGAGGCUGACGAAGGUGGCGGCCAUGGACGCGGCGGUGGAGGGGGUGAACCGGUACCACGGCGCGCGGUGGCGGGUGAAGGCGAGGCGGUUCAUGCGGCGCUACGUGUUCGGCUCGUGGCAGCUGCUCACCUUCCUCGCCGCCGUCCUCAUGCUGCUGCUCACCACGCUGCAGGCCUUCUGCUCGGUCUACACCUGCUCGCGGUGGUUCGGCGCCGUCGCCGUCGCGCCGCCGCCGUAGCGCGGCGGCGACUGCGAGCGAUCGACGUGGUUGGUUGGUUUGUUUUUUUUGGAUUUGAUUGCAUGCGUUUGGGUUUUGGGAUUUUGCUGCUAUACAAGUGUACAUGUGCGAUUUGGAUUUUGUGUGUAUUUAAUGAUUUUUUUUGUUUUGUUUUGGGGAUUAAUUUAUACUUGUAUAUUUGUACUUUGGUUGUACUUGGAUAGAUACAAUGCAAGUUUGGUGAGAAGUAAUUUUGUGAUUAA